CCGGCGCAGGGUCCGGGCGCGCAGCGCGGCGGGCGUAGGUCUAUGUCGCGGGCAGCGGCGGCGGCGGCGGCCGCGGAGGGACGAUGCGCGAGUACAAAGUGGUGGUGCUGGGCUCGGGCGGGGUCGGCAAAUCCGCCCUGACUGUGCAGUUCGUGACCGGCACUUUCAUCGAGAAAUACGACCCCACCAUCGAGGACUUCUACCGCAAGGAGAUCGAGGUGGACUCGUCGCCGUCGGUGCUGGAGAUCCUGGACACGGCGGGCACCGAGCAGUUCGCGUCCAUGCGGGACCUGUACAUCAAGAACGGCCAGGGCUUCAUCCUCGUCUACAGCCUCGUCAACCAGCAGAGCUUCCAGGACAUCAAGCCCAUGCGGGACCAGAUCAUCCGAGUGAAGCGGUAUGAGAAGGUGCCAGUCAUCUUGGUCGGGAACAAAGUAGAUCUGGAAAGUGAGAGAGAAGUGUCCUCCAGUGAAGGCAGAGCCCUUGCAGAAGAGUGGGGCUGCCCCUUCAUGGAGACGUCUGCCAAGAGUAAAACAAUGGUGGACGAACUCUUUGCAGAAAUUGUGAGGCAAAUGAACUAUGCCGCGCAGCCCGACAAGGAUGACCCGUGCUGUUCUGCAUGUAACAUCCAGUAGCAUUCACACGUGGCUGUCCUGGUCAGGAGCUGCCCUGAAUCGCAGGCGAUACCAACCUCGUCUGCUCAACAGUGGAGCUUGCAGGAUGUGUGGUGCGAAUCUCCAGUGAAAUAGCCGUCCUUGUUCAGAGUGGAGCAGUGAUGGUCAGUUGAUGUCUCUGAGUAACAUAUGGGUUCAGUAACUCCAGUCUUCACCGUGGUCCUCAGUCUUCUCUAGGCACCUGCAGCUUCAGGCAUAGCCAAGUCGAUCUACAGAGUGUUUUCCUUUGAAAGCUAUCAUUGCAUUGUCACUGAGUUGACAGAAGCAACUAUGGUAUAUGUUAAAAAUAAUCACGGGCAAGAAACCAGAAGAAUUCCUGUGACCACUUACAAUUAAAAUAUUUUGUCUUCUGUUAAAAAAAAAAAUUAAGGAGAAAUAUUUUCCUACAAGAGUACUGAAUUUCAGGAACUGAGAUAGUGCUUCUAACCAAUGUAUCACGUCAAGUAAGAUAACAACAGCUGACCUGCCAACAGCAUUACAGGGAGAGAUUCUUUGCUCAGCUGACAUAUUUGUUUUUCAAAAUCGAUGCUUAAUUGUAGAUGUUAUCCUAAUUUGUGACACGGAACUAACUCACACAUCAGUCCUUGAUAGAGCAAAAGUCACAACAGGUUGUGUAAAAAUACAGCCUAGUGUUAGAAUGUGUCAUCACCUGCUUUGCCCAGAAAGUGGAGACUCUUACAAGGGUUUGAGCCGAAUUAAAACCCCAAACCCACCCUCUGUUAACUAAGCAGGGAUGGUCUUUAUUACUUUACUGAACAAGAAGGAAGCAACUGUGACGGAAAGAGAUUGUGUAGCCUUACUAACGAGAAGUGUUCUAGUAGAUUAACUAGUACCAUCAUGUAAGGAAAACGAAGCCAUGUUGCAUCCACAUGUUCCCGUUUGCAGAAACCUCACAAGACAGUACAGAUAUCUUGCAUUUUUACGUUCGUUAAAGCAGCAAAUUCCUUCUUGCCUUUAAGGGCUAUGGUUGUGGUGUGAUUCUCGGCUAACCUGCUUUCGAAAUCAAGUUUUCUAUAGCAGAGCUUUAUCGCAGGCAUUUAAAAAAUUGAAUAACCAUGAGAAAUAAUUUGGGCUUAAAAGUAGAACAUAAAUUAUAGAGUGAAAGUUAAAAGACAAAAAAAAAAAACCCUUUAAUUUUCCUGGAGAAUUAUAUAAAGAUUUUCUUACAACAAUUUUGCCCUGAUUACUGAAGUGGCAAAUAAAGCUAGAGUGAAUAUUUUGUUUUGAAAAGGUGCUCAAGUUCUGACAUUUUUGGUUUUCAUAGCCGUAAAGUAUUUAUCAUUUGCAUGACUAAAGGCACACGAAAAACCUAUUCAUAAGUUUUACAAUCAAGUGCAGAAGGGUUUUCAACUAACUUCAGAGUUACAAAUGCUGAAGAGCGUAUCUUGAGCUGAUCCUCUGGAGAUAAAUUUGGCCUUCAGAACUGCAGUAUCACUGAGCCUGUGAUCUACAUACCGCCCCACAUGUUGUUGGUUUCACGCGCUUGUGCAAGUAAGCUCGGGUCUUAUGUGUGUAACUGAGCGAAGAGUGUAUGUUUGCGUGUGCAUGUGUGUUCAUUGUUCCUACGAAUUUGGCACAAGUCAGAGAUAAUUGCCUAUAAUGAGAAUCUGUACUGCAGAAUAUAGUGUAUCAAAACCAUUUUUUUCUUUCAAAUUAUUUGUUUUUAUACAUUACUGAAAUCAUUGGUAGCCCCCCAAGUGUUUAGUAACCUGACAUUAAGGUUAGAGGAGAGAAAAAAGGUGGAUAGUCCUUUUCAUAGAUGAGAAAACAGAGAUCUGUGGGUAAAACCAGGCCGUGGUUGUCAGAAGUCUUUGAACCGUGAAUAUUUGCAUUCUUCAGUAUCGUUUUUUUUUUUAUGAUCCCCAAUUAUGAAGCACCUUGUUUAUAGGACAGAAAGUUCUGACCAGUUUUAUUGAAAUAAAUUUCAUCACGUAAAAGGUGAUUUGACUCGAUCACGUGGAGAAAUCAAAGAUUCAAGAAGUAUGAUUUUAUCAACUGAAUUAGAAAUACUUGUUAGUGCACUGUUUGACUUUUGAAUCCUGUAACUUCUAAGAAUGAUUCUGUUUUUUAGAAUUCCAUAUUUGGUAGCAAUUUAUGGCAACAGAUUACAUAUUAAAAACAUCUAUAAAGAUUCUACAGUUUUACAUUGUGGAUUGCUAUGCAGACAAGAAAAGUUAAAUAAUAUGAAAGGUAUGGCAAGAUAUAAGGUGGAAAAGGUUAUCUAAAAAUUUGGGUUUUAGUUAGACGUGUUUGUCAGACAAUAAGGUGGUUUUUUACUGUAAAGAUGUUAAUAACUGAUUUGGCUGCCUGAUCAGUGUUUCCACGCAGCCCUGAAUAUUUAGUGACAAAGCAUCAAAGAUACGCAGAAAUGUGGAAACUGCUUGUGUGCUCUUACUGUUGGUAUUUCAUCUGGUAUGGAUAUAACUCAGCUUGAAUGAAUGUGUUUGUUGAGACGUUAAUACAAAGCUUAAGAACAGGAAGAUGAAAUUUGUUGGCACAUGAAAUAAUAGUGGCUAAAAGUUGGUGACCUUGGGUCACUAUUUAUUUUAUGCCCUGAUCAGACUAGCAACUAGAUAAGUGAAAGUUUUUCUAACAUGCCUUAAAAAUGUUAUGGUUUGAUCCAAAGACCCACUUUUUCUUUAGCUACUAUGAUAAGGUUUUCUUUUUUUUCUGUUUCAUCUCGUUUUACUUUUAUACAAAGGCAGCAUUUUUUAAGUUUUUUUCGUUCUAUAUUGCAACUUUUUUUUUUU